AUGGCACAAGCUCUGCAAGACGUCGAAGGAUUGCAGGAUGAGGAUGACAAAGAGAGUGAAGAGAGACAGGAUAAGCAUGAGGCGGUCCAAAUGGUGCGAAUCGCGACUUGGGCGGCGGCAAGGUGCGCGUGUGGAAUCUGGAUGCACAAAGCCUUGGACAAAGGGUUCAGUGCCGGUGAAGCCCGUCUUCACCAACGAGUCCCGCACCGAGGGAUUUGCAAUGGCAAUGGCCCGAGAACGGGCGCCUCUCAGGAAGCAGCCUGCAAAUCUUUUGGGACACAGCACCAGCAAACACCAGGACAGCCCUUCAGAAGUGUGUAG